AUCGAAAACCAAAGGCGUUUAGACAUCUCUCCUCGGGGAAAAUAAAAUCAAAAAUCGAAAAAGUUGAAAAAGUUAAAAAGUGAACCAAAUAAGGAAAAUAAUUCGAAUCGCAGAGCGGAAAACCAUCAGACCAAAUUUCACCAGAAUUUUCGGCCCGGUGCAUUGAAUUGCAAUUUCCCCGUGUGAAACGAAGGUUGUUGGCACAGAUACGCCAGGAGAUUUUUUUCUAGCUUACUUCUUCCUACGGUUUCGGUGCUCAAGGAGGACACAAUCAUGUCGGUGCGCGUGGAUGCAGCUUGCCAGGGCGUUACAAAUGUGGACAACGAGGACUUCGGAGGAGCCGCCGGCGAUGUGGCCAGGCGUGCGCUGGAGCAGGAGGAAUGGCUGGGCAGGGUGGAGCAGUCGCCGGAUCAGCUGCCCCGUCGCUCCAGCUCCGAGCGUCGCCUGCGCAGCCCGAGCACCGCAAAUGUGAAGAAGAGGCGUGGUACUGGUCCUUCGAGCCGGAUUCGUCGCUUGAACCACACUGCCCUGCCCUCCAUGACGCAGUUCUUCCGCCAGGUGGCGGUGACUGACACGUUGUCCGCCAGCAAGAAUAUGCUGCUCCUUUACUUGUGCCUCGUCCUGAUGCCCAGCAUGAUGGAGCUGGGGCCACGCAUCGAUUUCCCCGAUUACUGGGAGCAGACGGCUAUAUUCUGCUUCCUCAAGCGCCGUCGCCUUCAGCUGACCUUGACGGGCAACCUCAUACGCGUUCUGAUUCGCUCCCUGAUCGUAGCGAUUAUACCGCUCAUCGGAAUGAGGAACAUGGAGCACCCCAACCUGCUGCAGCUGCGUAUGCCCCAAUUCGAGGGUCCGGACCUCGAGAUGCCCGUCAGCCUGAACAUCUACGCCUUCACCCUGCUGCCCUACGUGCUGCGCCUGAAGGCGGGCUUCUGCCUCUACGUGGCCGACACCUGGGUGGCCUACAGCGACCAGGUGCUGACCAUAGCCGACACCUUCAACACCUGGCGCAUGCUCGUCUAUCUCAACCAGGUGAUGCAGCUGGUCUACUCGUUUGAGAUGAUGAUCCUCUUCGUCCAGGGAUUCUUGGGCCUGGUUCAUGCCUAUCGCGUCUACAAGGCGCUCGCCGGUUUUAACAGCUUCCAUGUGCCGGCCUUCGAUGCGCUGACCUUAAAGGAUACUUUCUGGUUUAGACCCUCUAGGCACACCAUCGCUGCGUACAAGGCUUCCAGGGAGCGUUCCCUGGAAUACUUCUACAAUCCGCUGGAGGAUCAGGAGGAGCAGGAGGAUCAGAGCAACUAAGAUCUUGAGAACCAGGCCCCAAGAUACAGUUUCGCCAGCUGACCAAAAACACUUAACCA